AUGGGUGAUGAGGAAUUUGCUACUGGAGAUGCCGGUGCUGCCUCUGGCACCCCUAUGACUUGUGGCGAAAUUAGAAAGAAUUGCUACGUUAUUAUUAAGGGCAGGCCAUGCAAGAUUGUUGAUACUUCAUCAUCGAAGACUGGAAAGCACGGAGCAGCGAAGGUAAAUUUCGUCGGUAUCGAUAUUUUCACCGGGAAGCGUAUUGAAGGUUGCCACCCUUCCAGUCAUACUGUCUAUGCUCCCGUUAUUGAAAGAAUGGAAUGCUCUGUUCUUCAUAUUGAUGACGAAGGCUUCCUUCAUCUUUUGCCUCCGGAUAAUAACUAUCGUUCUGAUAUAACUGGCGGUGAUCUGCUGCCCACCCUUCGGGAAAAGUAUGAAAACCUUCAGGAAAAGGAAGAACUUUUGGUUACUGUCGUAUCCUCAAUGGGUGAGAUCAAGGUUACCGAGUGCCGUGUUGCUGCAACUAAGAAGACGGACUAA